CGCUUCCAUGUGCAUGGAGGGGGAUUAAAAGGCGCUCCUCUGUUGCAGCUGCCAUGAAGAUCAAGCGGCAGAAGCAUGCCAAAAAGCACAUGGGCUUCUACAAAUUCAACUUCGGCUUCCGGGAGCCCUUCCAAGUUUUGCUGGACGGCACUUUCUGCCAAGCGGCGCUGCGGAACAAGAUCCAGAUCCGGGAGCAGCUGCCCGGUUACCUGGCCGGUGCCACGCAGCUUUGCACGACCCGGUGCGUUCUAAAAGAAUUGGAGUCCUUAGGAAAGGAAUUGUAUGGUGCCAAGCUAAUUGCACAGAGAUGUCAAGUGCGCCACUGCUCUCACUUCAAAGAGCCAGUGGGUGGUUCAGCCUGCCUGUUGUCCAUGGUGGAAGGUGGCAACCCACACCAUUAUUUCAUUGCUACACAGGAGGGUUCCCACAGCACCGUGAAGCCACAGGCUGCAGCGCGCUUCCUUCCAGCGUAG